AUGGAUACCACCCCAGCCUACCAGAAGCUAGUCGCCGAGUUCCGUGAACUGUCCCAACACGCUCCCCAGGGUGUCGCUGCCGGACCCAUUAGCGAGGACAACUACUUUGAAUGGGAGGCCGUCAUCGAGGGACCAGAGGGUACGCCAUACGAGGGAGGCAUCUUCCCAGCUGUCCUGAGCUUCCCCCAGAACUACCCUGAUGCCCCACCCUCCGUCAAGUUCAGCGGCCAGAUGUUCCAUCCCAACAUCGACCAGGAAGGCAAGAUGCAGAUCCCGUUGUUGCAGGCAGGAAAGGACGCAUGGUCGUCGACUGAUGGUGUCGAGAAAGUCCUGAAAGAGGUUUCCUACAUCUUAACCCACCCCAACCUCGCCAUCGCCGUUAACAAAGAUGCAUCCUGUCAGUGA